UCACUCAUUUGGCCAGUCACGGGGCCAAAACCAGUGUUUGGAGCCACAGUGUGGCGGUGGAGGCAGCAGCAAUGGGAGGCCAUACAGCAACCUAUGACAAAAUGGAAACCGCAGGAGUGUGAGGAGACCUCAAAGUGGCACAUGGCAGAGUGGGAGCAAUGGGAGGCGGUACAGGGACCCAGGUCACACUGUGGGCCCAGCAGCAGCGUGACCAGGCGGUACGGGGGCCCAUGGCCGAUUUGGGGCCUGGCGGCACCUAUGGGAGGCCUGUAAUCUGCCAGCAACCUAUGACAAAAUGGAAAACCGCAGGAGUGUGAGGAGACCUCAAAGUGGCACAUGGCAGAGUGGGAGCAAUGGGAGGCGGUACAGGGACCCAGGUCACACUGUGGGCCCAGCA